AUGGAUUUUGACCAGAAGUCUGUGAAGUUUUUGGCUAAUUUUUACAUCAAUGAUGGCAAACACUGGACCCAUGGUCCCCUGAGGCCCCCGCCUCCCUCAGAGCCGGAAGCUGCGGUGCUGUGGUGGGACAGGGACCAGGACGAGCCUGCAAUGUUACUUCCGAAGACCAAGAAGGCCCGGAGGGCUCCGGCCUGCCCCAAGCUCCCAGUGUGUCCAAUCCAGGAGUGCCACCCCGUCUGUACUAGGACCCUGCCCAAGUAUCAAGUAUGCCCCCCCGAGCAGUGCUGGUCUGUCUAUUCUGGGGCCCUAAAGGAGCUGUUGCUGGAGCAACGCCCACCCAUCCUGAUCGAUCUGGACAUCCCUGGCCCCACCAAAUACGAAGUUCCAGAUGCUUCUGUGCGCGAGUCCUCCCCGCACCCCCACUACACCUUCGGCCUCAAGUACCCCAGCAGAGAGGGCGGCGGCCGCAGAGCAUGGCAAACCUCCUGGCUCCAGAGUGAAAGCCCUUUCACUCAGAAGGUUGACUUCAACAGAGAGCAAAAGUGGCCAUCACCUGCCCAGUACCUGCCGGUCACCUGGCCUGCCUUCCCCGCCUUCAGCUUUGGAGGCUCUGCUGCCAAGGCGCCUGAGAACCAGUCCCGUCCUGGGUGGACGAGGGGCAGGCGUCCUCGUGCCCACCCCCCCCUCCAGGACCCUCCACAGCCCCCUGGGGAGAAGCGCCCUAGCCCCAACACCUACGAUGUCCUUCCGGGGUUCCGCCUGCAGAGCCAGCGCUCACCAGCCUUCUCCAUGAGCCGCUCACCGGGGAGUACCUCCUGGAUCAGCUUCUCCCCGACUCCUGGCCCUGCUACUUACUAUGUGGAAGACUGCUACAACUCCCGCUUCCCCUCUACUCCGGGCGUGGUCAUACAGGGCGUGCGUAGACCCAAGCGCCAUGACACAGGCCCCUUCUGUACACUCUAG